GGAGGGUCGGGGUAUCGAGGACCCUCCCCCGGGGCGUCAAGGACGCUCCCCCGGGGCACUGGGAGUGGGGCAAGUCGUACACGGGCGACCCCCUGCCUCCGGGUUCUGGAGGCUCGGGUCCGACAUGGGGCCGAAGAGGCCGGAGCUGAGGCUUCCCGAGUUCGGGGAAGAUCCCCGGGAGGAAUCCCAGGAGGAGCCCGAAGGGGACGAAGAUCCUGAUGUGGAGGACCUGGAUGGAGAUGACGCCUCCUCGGAGCCGUUCACGCCGGAGCCGGCCGACCCCCUGCCCUCCCAACGGCCCCGCCGCCUCUGGAGCGUGCUGCGACGAGGGCUCCGCUUAGUCUUGGAGAAGAUGCGGAGGGCGGAGCGCCGGGUGUCGCAUCUGACCCAAGGGCUGGAGCUGGUGCGGCGGCUGGAGGUGGCGUCGGGGCUGCGGGCGGCGGCUCAGGACGCGGCGGGCGGGCGGCUGGUGCUGCUGGACGCCGGGGGCCGCCGGCUACUGGUGCACGGCGAGGACGGCUGGGCCCGGGGCAGCGCCCCGACCCCGGUGCAGCUGUCCGGGCUGGCGGCCCUGCCGCUGCCGCCCCGGGGCCCCUGUCACUUCGUGGGCUGGGGGCAGGAGGGGCUGGCCCUGCUGGGCCCGGACCUGCACUUACUGGCGCUCAGCACGCUGCCCGUGGCCCGGGCCCUCCGCUGCGGCGUCCCGGUGCCCGGGUCCGGGCUACUGGUGGCCGGGGGCCCGGCGGGCCUGACGAUCUGGGAGUUCCGAACCGGGGGCCGUCGGCUGGCUCUCCGCCGGCACCUGGAGCCGACCCCUUCCUCCUCCUCCGCGUCCGGCCGGCUCCCCGGGCCCAUGACCCGCCUGGCGCUGAAGCUGCCCGCCCCUCCCGGGAGCCUCCCCCUUUGCUUCGCCACCUGCGGGGCGGCGUUGGCCACCUUCGACCUGGAGAAGGGGCUGAGGUUGGACGUGCGCAGGGAGCUGCAUAAGACCGACAUCUCGGAUGUGGCGUACUGCCAGGCGGCCUGCGCCGUGGUCACCGCGUCCCGGGACAACACGGUCAAAGUGUGGGAGGCCCAGUGGCAGCUCCGAAACGUCUUCGUGGGGCACGUGGGCCCGGUGACCGCCCUGGCCGUCCUGCCGUCGACGCCGCGGGUGCUGUCCGCCUCCCGAGACGGGACGCUGCGCACGUGGGACCUGGACACCGGCGAACAGGUCGGGGAGGUGGCUCUGCAGGCGGGGGCCGAGGGGGCCCGCCCCGAGGUGACCGGGCUGCUGCCCCCGGCCCGGCCCGGGGCGCCGGUGGUGGCCCUGGGGCCGGCGUGGGCGGAGCUGUGGCGGCUGCGGGAGCUGUACGUGCCCUUGGCCGCCCUGCCCGCCCCGGUGCUGGCCCUGCAGGCCGCGCCCCCGCUCUGCACCGCCCUGCGGGCCGCCCUCCCGCAGCGCCUGCUCUGCCUGUGCCGGGACUGGUCGGUGCGGCUGCUGGCCGCCCCGUCCGGCCGCCCCCUGGCCGCCCUGCAGCUCGACGGCCCCGCGGCCGCGGCCUACUGCCUGGUCCGAGAGACCCUGCUGGUGCUGACGGGCGGCGGCGGGCUGCUGAGGGUCAACGCGGCGGUCAGCCCCAUGCAGGUGGUGCAGCGCGUCCCCCCGCCCCCGGCGCCCGCCCCUCGGCCCUGCUGCCUCCACCUCUACCACCACCUGCCCGACCCCGUCGCCGCCCAGACCUCCUGGACUAACGUGCGGCUCCGCGGGCGGGAGCUGAGGCGGCGCAGCCAUAAGCCCCUCAACUACCAAGACAAGAAUCGGUUCCUGCCGGUGCUGGGCUACGAGGACGGGUCGCUGAGCGUGCUGGACUGGCUCUCUGCCCGCCCGCUCUUUCACACGGCGGCUCACGGCCCCGGUCCCGUCAGCAUUCUGGUCUCCUGCACCCAGACUCUCUUAUCCACCGGGGCCGACCUGACGGUGAAGAUGUGGCGGGUGUACCCCUACGCAGAGGAGAGCCUGAGCCUACUGCGCAGCUUCACCUGCCGCCACCCGGCCGUGGGGCUCUGCCUGCUCGGGACCCAACUCACCGUGGCCUUCGAGUCGCCGGGCAGCGCCACGUACGGCCUCGUCCAGUACGGGCUGCGGGACGGGGUGCGGCGGGAUCACCGGCCCCAGGACGACCCGACCGAUCACAUCACCGGCCUGUGCUGCUGCCCGCCUCUCCGGCUCUACGCCUGCUCCAGCCUGGACCGCACCAUCCGGAUCUGGUCGGCCCAGAACCAGCUGCUCAGGAUCCUGUACCUGGACACCGCGGCACAGGCCCUGACCUUCUGCAACGACAAGGGGGACCUGGUGCUGGCGCUGGGCUCCCGCCUCUGCCUGCUGCCCCACACGGUCUAUCUGCCCACGGCCUACCUGAUCAAGGUGACGUGCCAGAAGCAGCCGGAGUCCCAGGAAGAGCCGCCACCUCCGUUUUCGAGCGAGAAGGUGCUGACCCUGCUGACCCCAGCCGAUGACCCGCUCCUGAGCCCGGCGGCCUCAUCUUCCAGCCAGUUGCCUCCGGAGUCGGAGAGUCAGCUGGAGGACAGAGAGGAGGAACCGAAGGAACCGGAGGCCCGGGAGGCCUGCGCCCAUCUGGCUGCUCGGAACCAGGACCUACAGCUCCUGGCCCUGGGUCGGGUGUCCCCCGCGACCUCCCAAGCUCCCCUCACUCGCCAGCUGCAGGAGGAAGCCUUCCACAGAUACCUGGCCCUGCUGUAUGGCUCGGCGCUGCGCAUCCCGCCGCCUGGCCUCUCAGAACCCCCACUCCUGGCCAAGGAGGGAUACAGGGCCCGGGGUUCAGGCUCUGUCUGGACCAUACCGGACUUCUGGGAACACCAUCUAGACCUUUUCCCAGCUGCCCUUCCCUCUGGCUCCCGAAGGCCACAGACCUCACUGACCAAAGCGGAGGGUCCCGGGGCCCCGGCCCCCACAGUGGCCUCCGAGUGGGCCCAGAGCCCAGCCUCCACAGUGAGUCCCCUCCCACAGUUGGCAGGAGAAGAGCCGGGCCGGGGCGGACUCUCCUGGGCACGGACCUCGAGCGCGGACCCCGGGAACGGACCCCGGGCGCGGCCCCUUCCUCCCGUAGCCGGAGUUGGACUGGGGAGUCGUGGCAGGACCGCUUACCGGUGCGGGGCCGGGACGGGGUUUGAGAGGCAGGUGUUCUUCUCCCGACUGGCGUACAGUGUCUCUUGCUUGGCUCCUGGGAGACAGGCCCGUGGGUCCCGUCGCUCCUCGGGGAUGAAGGAUCUGCACCCCCCAGCCCUCCAGCUCCACAGCGCAGCUUCUCUGUUGCUGGCGAAGGGCUCUCUGUGCUCGAGAUUGGGUCUGUCGCUGGACCUACAGCUGGCAGAUAUGCCCCCUCCGGCUCCUCCGAGCCCUCUGCCCUCUCCAGGAUCCCAAGACUUCCCGGCCCCCGAGCCCUCGGCACCGCAGUCGCCGUCCAGGAUCAGGCGUCCGCACCGACUCCGGCAGAGCUCUCUCGCAGUGGCCCAGGGCCCGGUCCCGGUCCUCCAGGGCUUCUUCCCGGCGGCCCGCCGGGCCCACGGGGCCAGCCCUGCCCUCGAGGCACGCGAGCCGCCGCCCUGCGUACUCCCUGGCUCCGUCCCUAACUCCGUGGUCCUGCGGCGGUUGUGGCCCCGGAAGGAGAUGGGGGGCCCGGGGAAGGCCACGGUCCUGGCGCCCCUCGGCACUCCCCAGAAGCAGCAUGAGCUGGAAGAACAGCCGAGCAAGAAACGGCAGCGGUGGCUGCCGUAUCUGCGGCCACGCCGCAGCGAGGAGGAGCAGGGGCAGCGAGAGCAGGAAGAGGAGGAAGAGGAAGAGGAGGAAGAGGAGGAGAUGGAAGAGGAGGACUACGAUAGCCAGGAGGAGUGGGAGCUUGACUCCUCGGGCUCCACAUCCUUUUCCCAGACCCCCUCACGGCAGGGCUCCUCCUUCUCCAGCCCCUCGCUGCCCUCCUUCCUGCUGCCUUUCCUGGCCAGCAAGUGGUUCCAGAAACUCUUUCCCGGCUUCAGCCUCCAGGAGUUCCCGGAGGCCAGCUCCCUUUCGGGGCUGGCGAAACUGCUGCUGAGGGUGUUGCCGGGGGUCACCUGGGCCGAGGCCGGGGAUGUGCUGCAGGCUCUGCUGUUUCUGUUGCCCCACCUCUCGCCGGACCAGAGACAGCAGCUGCAGAACCAGCUGUUCAGGCUGCUCAACCAGGAGCCCCCUCCAGGCCUGCUGGAGGAGAACGAAAAGAGGUUCGUUCUGCUGGCGCUGCGGGUCCUGAUGGAGCUGGGAGAUGGCUCGAAGGAGGUGGUGCUGCAGCUGAUGGCAUAUUUCCUCUGCUCCUCCAUUACCCAGAGGGCGAUCCUGUGGGCUCUGCUGGGAGAACUCGGGCUCCGGGACCCGCACGGCUUCCUGCCCCUGGAGAUGGAGCGCUGGGUGCAGGCCGAAGCCAAAGCCAGCAAGGCCAGGCUGAGGGCCAUUUGCGAGCACCAUCUGAACGGCAUGAUCCAGGAGCUGAAGGCUCACCGGGAGAACGAGCUCUCACUUCCGGAGGGGGAUUCCCAGCAGCCCCCGGAGGCUCAGGACCUCUCGGUCCGGCCGAUCGACGCCCUCAACUUCUUCUGUGAGCAGAAGCUGGAGGCGCUGCUGCGGAAAGAGAUUCGGGCCCGGCAGGCCCCCAACGCGGUCGUCCCCCUGCCCUGGACCUCACGGAGCCGCCCCCUCCCACGCCUCCAGGAGACUAAAGUGCCGGCCCGCGGGGUGACCCGGGAUGGCCACUGGCUGCCCCCGCUCCCGCCGGGACCGCUCCUGUCGGGCUUCGUCCGCGCCCUGAAGCUGCCUCUGCCGCGUGUGGAGCCGCUGCCCUUCCCGCCCGGCUGGCCGCUGGCCACCCGGCCCCUGCCGCCCCUUCUCCUGGAGCCAACCCUGCAGCGCUACUUCCUGCCGCACAGCACCCACCCGGACAGUUACCGCUGACCCCUUACCGCCGACCCCGGCUCUGCCACCCUCGGGACGCCCCGGGGCCCCUCCCCGCUGAGGGCGGGAGCCGGGAGGAGGGUCUGGCCGGGGAGGAGCGGGGGGCUCCUGGAGGGAAUAAACGGUGGCCGUGGCCCGCUCCGGA